AUGCAGGCUGCUCCUAGCAGUCCCCCCAAUAGGGACUCAACCCUCACUUUUCGCGAAGUCACCGAGAACAACUGGCGCGCGGUAGCAAACCUCAGCCCCAAAGUCGGCCAGAAAGGCAACCUCGCCCCUAACGUAUGGUCUCUCUGCGAAGCCCGCUACUCCGAAGACGCAUGGGUACGAGCCAUCUACGCUGACGAGACGCUUGUUGGCAUGCUAAUGAUGGCAAUAUGGGACCCCGACGAGGCGUACUACAUCUGGCGCUUUAUGAUUGAUGGCCGAUAUCAGAAUCUAGGGUAUGGUCGACGGGGCGUGGAAUUUGCGAUUGCGCAUAUAAGACGGCAUAAUCCCAAGGCAAAGAAGCUGGGAGUGAUGUCAACGCCGCCAGAGGGGAAAGGCAGUGAGAACCCGCUCAGGCACGUCAAGGCUGAAGAUUCGCCAUAUAAAUUUUAUCAGAAACUCGGAUUUAAGGAGGUUGCGCCACCGGAUGAAGAUGGAGAGAUUUUGAUGUCUAUAGACUUGUAG